CGCUGUCCUCCACCUUCUCUUUUCCUUUCCGACUUGCUCUAUAACUGAUCACAGCACCAAAGAUGCUGUCUCAACGGAUCUUGGCCCGGCGCCUGCCCCAGGUGACCGCCCGCUUCACCGUCCCCCAUGCUUCUUUCUCCCAGCUUCGCAGUCUGGCCGCGCCGGAGCUUGAUGACCCCCUUCAGAACGGCAACUACCAGAACCCUCCUCGUAUGAAGCGGGCCUUCAGAGAUCCCUAUGGCGACUGGUGGGACAAGCAGGAACGACGCAACUUCGGCGAGCCUGUUCACGAGGAGAACGAAAUUCUAGGUGUCUUCAGCCCCGAGCAAUAUACCCAUGUGACGCCUGGCAAGGGUAUCCUUCAGAUCGGAGCUUUCAUCGUGGCCUUCCUCGGCUUGUGCGGAACCGUCAGCCUUUUCUACCCUGAUAAGCCCAGCGUUCCCAGGACCUUCCCCGACGGUUUGGAGAAGGAGUUGGGUGGACCCAGGGCUGUUCCCGCCCGUAAAUCUGACGAAGGCUCGUGGUGAUCGAAUUAUUCUCUGAUGCGAUGUAAAUAAGUACAAUAUGAUUUUCGCUGUUUUCUUCAACCCUCCGUGCGUGGUUCCAGCGAACAUUGGUACGGUGGGGUAGGGCCAUCCCCAAUUGCUGAACUCUCAGGCAGGCCUCAGAUGCGUGGUUGUUCGCAAUGGCUGUCUGCUGUCGUUCCUCGGCCGUAAUGCGGGCGGGUUAGGUCGGGGAAUGUAUAGAAUGGUGACCUAUACGGGGAUCACGGCCACUGGACAAGUGGGGGGUUUUCAUAUGAGAAUCGCAUGGCUCCUGGGAAGCUCCAUCCGAUCGGCAUAGUCAAUUCCAGAUGAAAAUCACAGUCUGCGCGAUCAUCUUAUGAC